AUGCAUACAUCUUUACGAAUAUUAUUAGUUACAAUUAUUUGUCAUUGUAAUCCUGCAAAUCCUUUGCAACUUUUCGAAGAUUUCAAAGAAAAUAUGAUUGAAGAUUUUAUUCAACAAGGAAACAGUGUAGAAAAAGUUCUAAAAUUAUGCGUUAAUAAUAUACGAACGCAAAUUCAACAGGAUGGUUUCGAUUUUAAUCAAUUUUUACCGUUACCUAAUUUCGAAGAUAUUUUAGAUCACGAAGAUAAUUUAAUUAAUUGUAUUGUUAAUAGUAAUCAUUUAUCAUGGAAUGAUCUUAAUACUGAUCAACUUUUAGCUGCGGAUACUAUUUUAAAAUCGAUAGUCGGUUUGAACUCGCAGAAAUGUUUUUAUUUAGACGGGCCCGGUGAAAGCGGAAAAACGUUUUUGUAUCGUACCCUAAUUCAGAAAGUUAAUCUCAUUGACCUUUCUACUGUAAAAUUUCCUAGACUUACUCAAGCCAAAAGAGGGUUUUUAAAAUCGAUAGAUUUGCUUAUUUGGGAUGAAGCUCGCAUGGCACCAGACACAGCUUUAGAAAUAGUUGAUUUAAUAUUUCAAGAUGUGAUGGGCGUUUAA